UAUAACCGGUUACCGAUUUACCGGUUAUCGGUAUUACCGAGAGGCCAAUUUUGAUUCCGACUACCGGUACCAAGUGAUUGUCGGUUAACCGGCUUACCGACACAUCGGUAGCGGUUAUCAUUCCCGGUUAUUCGAAUACCGAAAAUACUUCCUCUUUUCCCCUCUUCAUCUUCCCCCUAUUGACCCACUCUCUACAGAGCACCGAGCGUAAGUAGCAGGCGACUGGGGGAACUUCCGAGGCUGAGCAACAUCUCCGGCGGGAGGUGACUCUCUAUCUUCCUCGUGCAUGCAGUCAUCGUUGUUUGAUUCGGCCGUCUCCGGAGGUGUUGCGGCAGCGGUGAAUCACCAGAUCUGCUGAAUCUCUGGUCGGAGGUUGGGGUCGGGACUCGAGAAAGAAUGCGAAGCCGCCGUCGGAGGUUGGGGUCUGGACUCGGGAACAAAGGGGAACCCGCCGUCGGAGGUUGGGAUCUGGACUCGGGAAUGAACGUGAACCCGUCGUCGGAGGUCGGGGUGGGAACUCGGGUGAUUGUAGAUUUGUUGAUUUGGAAAGGUUGAACAAGGAUGUGAGAUUUUCUGUGGC